AGAUCCCCCUCAAUUCAGUGCCAUGUAUGGUGCUGGAACCUCAUGUUAGCUCCUACUCUUCGCUUUGCCCUAAUUCAGUCUUCCGUUCUCUUGCUCUUGCCCGGUGCACUUUGGUUUACCUCCAGCUGGUUCGAGCUUUCACCAGCUUUUGCUUCACCAGAAGUGUGGGAUUCUUGGGCCGAAACUCUUGAUGAUUUGCCUUUGCGCAUCGUUGUGAAUAGUAGUCGACGAUUUGUCGAAUCAGUCUGUAGCGAAGUAACUCGGAUCCGGAGUAGUUCCUACAUCAUUUGCCUCGAGGCUUUAUUUGCUGCAGUGUUGACUGCCAGCGCUAAACGAAUAUAUAUAAGCAUUUUCUGACCUCA